ACAUCAACUUCUCAGAUGAACUACAUGCCUCUACAAGAACACACCUUUUACCAACCAUGGAACUCCACUUUUCUUCAACAUAGUGAUAAUAAUGAUUUUCGGCUCAUUCAAGGUGCAAGAAAGCGACCGGCUGAGGGUGUCACUUCCAGUUUAACUAAAGAGACGGAGAGGGAGAAGAAAAGGCAAACGCGAUUACAAGGAAAGUUGCCAAAAGUGCACAAAGAGAAGGAGCCUACGUCGAGGAGGAGAAGCCAGAAGUUAACAGACAAAAUCACAACUCUUCAAAAGCUAGUUUCUCCUUAUGGCAAGACAGACACAGCUUCAGUGCUUCUAGAGGCUUCUGUUUCAAUCCAAGCACUUCAAGACCAGAUUAAGGAAAUGUUUCACAUUAUAUCAGGAGACCAAACGACGAAGCAGAUAGGAGAACGGAGAUCGGACCUUCAAAGCCGGGGAUUGUGCUUAGUACCAUCUGUUGUUCUUGAACAACUUGAUAGGCAAUUUGUCCCAACACCUUCUAUAAAUCUAUUUGCAGAAAAUCAUUAAUACAGUGAAUUCAAAGGACUAGCUUAUCUUGCAACAAAAAAAGAAUGAGUUUACCACUGUUAAACAUGGAUCAAAA